CACAGAUUUCCGUUUCUUAGCAACCCAAGUUAAACAAGGAAGAGAGCAAAAGUAAAGCCGGGUUUUCUUUUGUUGUUGACAAUCUGCUUGGGAACUCGAUGCUAAGUCAGAAAUGGAAGAAGCCAGGCCCAGGGAGCACAUUCCAUACUUUUAACUUGGGAGACUAAGAGGUUUACUCUCAUUAAUUCAGCUAUAAGUUCACUGAAACAAACGCUGGAAAAUGGGCAAAGGAAAGAAAAAAGCAGGACCUAGAGGGAAAAAGAUUACCCUUAAAUUAGCCAAAAACUCAUUAAGAAUGACAGCUGAUGGCAAGCGUCGACUCGACCUUAGCAACAUGGGCAUUGCAACCUUCCCCAAAUGUAUUCUAAAACUGGCAGACGUAGAUGAGCUUGAUCUCAGCAGAAACAUGUUACAGAAGAUUCCAUCCUACAUUGAAGAUUUUAAGAAUCUACGUUGGCUGGAUUUCCACAGCAACCAGAUAGAAACCCUUCCUGAGACCAUUGGGCAACUUGAAAACCUCUUUUACCUUAACCUCUGCAACAAUAAACUUACAGCAGCUUCUCUUCCACUGCAGUUAGGACAGCUGAAGAAAUUGCGCCAUCUAAACCUUGGAAUGAAUGGUUUUGAAUGCCUCCCAUCAACUCUUGCUGCUCUGAAGGAGCUGCAGGAACUGGGCCUGUUUGACAACCGACUCACUGGCCUGCCUGAAAACAUUGCUAAUCUUCCCAAGCUCAUGAAGGUAAAUGUGAAACGGAACCCAUUCCUUCAGACUAGAGGUGAUGAGGACACCAACACCAUCCAGCGUUUAGAGUGUCUGUAUCUAGUCAAUGAAGAUAGCCUGUGCAAGCCCUGCUUCAAGAAGUGCAAAGAAGAAAGAGAGAAGUUAAACAGACUGAAGCACUUUGCCCCUUCUGCAAGGAAGCUGACUUUCCCAGGUCUCCUUACCCCGAAUUCCACAGCACAAGAAACGCAAGAGGAGUGGAGGUGAAAAAUUCAAACCCAGCUCCUCUCAAUACUAGGCUAACAAAAUGCAUUCAUUAAAACACAGACAUAUUGAGGUAUAUCUCCCCACUGUUGAAAAGUUUCCCUUGGUAAAUGGCAAGGACUGUUGCCCCAAGUGGAAACCCAGGUUCACUAUAAUCCAGUAAUAUUGUACUAUUGUACAAACAGUAAAACAACCAUUACAUGAAACAGUGCGCAGACCGCAUUGGGUCUUUUAGAACUGGAUAUCGCAGGCCACUUAAACACAUAUGAGAAGAUGAGGCAAACAAUUCUAAUAACUAAAAUCAUGUGAUUUAAAGAAAUGAAACUGAACAUUUAAAAAUGUUCAUUAUUGAAAUGUACUUGUUUUAAAAAGAUUAUAUUCUAAGUUUCUGUUUUUCUUUUGUGUAACAAAAUACCCUGUUUUGAAGCAAGGUAAAGACAAACAAGGUUUUAUUAAAAUAAAUAUACAUUUUAACAGUAUAUAACUAGUAUGAAUAUAAUCAGACAAUUUGACCUUCCUGUUGUUUCAAAAUAUGCCCCUAAGUUUAUUGUUGCUGUGCCAAUUUGUUUUUAAUACAAUUUAUAAAAGAAAAUGGAUAAUUAAAAGCCAAUUUAUGGAACAUUCAUAUGAAUCAUAUUUUAUUUUCACUUACCAAUUGGUGUGAAUCUACUAAUUAGCCCCACCCUCAUGAAUAUCAGAUAAUUCAACACUAUAAAACUGAAUAUUAUAUUAAUACUCAAAAUGCAAGUUUCAAUAUUUUACACAUUUCAAAAGACUCCCAAUAGCCUGUACUGCAAUUGUUUGAUAACUGCAUUACCAGCACCAGCAGUGUUUUUGAAAAGCAAGGAUGAAUUAGUAAGAUGGUUUUACUGUACAAUACAGUAGGCCUCCUAUCAACAGCUCUGUGGAAGGAUGCUCCAAAUUAUAGAUUCUAAUACUUCCUCUUAAUAACAUUGUAUACAUAAUACAGGUUUUUCGAGGUUGUUUUUCUUUAAACAAACAUGU